AGUUCAAACUAUUGUAAUGUUGGGGGGCAUUUCACAACGUUUUUCUGGGCGCACUUUAACGUCACCCUGUUUGGUUUGGAAACGACACGUCCCUCCCAAAUAGGCGGAGCCUCAGACCCGUCGAGAAAAUGUCAACAGCAUGCCGGAGUCUUCCAGAGAAACAGAAACUGAGGCACGAAGGGACAGACAACAAAGAGAACGCGGAAGCCAGUCGUCUCAUAACAUCGUGUCUGUAAUAUCUCAGUUCGCAGAUGAUAAUUUAACGCUUGUGCGGAGUGUAAGCACAGGGCUGGCGAUCGCCGGUGUGAUCAUAAUAGCCAGGAGUAUCAAACUGAUCACCAAGUUUCAAGCUGCAUCUGAGAUCCCUGCUCGUUUUAUUGAGAGGAACAUCAGCCUUCGUGGGAAAGUUCAUUCGAUUACAGAGGAAGGACUCAAAGUGGAGCACGUCCCCAUUUACCUGCCAGUCAUCUCACCAUUACUUUCAAAGCACAGAGGUGUGUGCACGACCCCGUUACUGGUGCAUCUUGCAGGAGUGGAGCUGACACCAGAGGGGAGGGCAUGGCUGCAGAAGAACCUGGCUCCUGCCCAAACAGUCUGGCUAAAGCUGAUCGGCCGAGAGGGCGACAUACUGCACUGUUUGGUAUCCCAGAGCAGGCAGGGGUCUGUCUGGAGCUACUGCCUGAACGAAGAGGUCCUCAGGCUUGGUCUGGCUCGCACUGCGCCCCUCACUGGAGUCCUGCCUGACUCUCGCUUCUUCUGGCGCCUCCAUAGACGGCUGCACAGGGCAGAGGUCAGAGCUGAGAGGAAGGGUAGGGGUCUGUGGAAGGAGCACAGCCUAUGGGAAAGGGCCUCCAAGGCGCUCAGGGACAACACUAUACUCAGGCUGAUGAGGAGGAUCUUUAAAAGGACUUAACAGAAUACUAAAAACGUUUGAUGCCUUUAAGUUCUGAAAUAAUCAAAAAUUGACAUUACUGUUCAUCAUUUAUCGAUUGGAGUUCCGGUCCUGUACAUAUGUUGUGGAAAAAAAGAAGUUUCAAAAAGUUGAAAAAUAGUCUAGUUUGUCAUUCACCUGUCAUGAGGGACAGAAGUGGUUCUCAGGCUGUGGCAGCAUUUUAAUACGCCUGAUAUUACAAAAACCAAGGGUUGUAAAUCUUACUUUACAUUUUUUUUACACCUGUGCCAAAAUGGUUAUGGUUUUGUUUGUAGUUUCCGGUUUUUAUAGAUCUAUAUAAAUGAUUGUUUGAAACCUUAAUCCCUCAACUUUCACUUACAUCAUUAAAUCGCAACUAAGUACA